AUGGCCCUGAAUGUAAAAGCUGGUCUAGCUCUAGGCCUGACCGUCAGCAGCAGCAUCAUCAGAAAGCGAUGUCGGGCCGCGGCCCUGGGGGCUCCGCCUCUGCCAGCGGGACCCAGCGCGCUGCCCGGACCGGCGCUCAGUGGGCCCGGGCUGGCUAGAGGCAGAGGGCCCCGGGGCCCUGCGGCGCAGUACCCGAGGCCUGGCGGGUCACCAGGAAGCCGGAUGCCCAUGGCUGGCUUGCAGGUGGGACCCCCUGCAGGCUCCCCGUUUGGCAGAGCUGCUCCACUUGGACCUGGCGUGCCACCCACCGUGAUGGACCCAUUCCGAAAACACCUGCUUGUGCCCCAGGCUCAGCCCCCGAUGCCUGCCCAGCGCCGGGGGUUAAAGAGGAGGAAGGUGGCAGAUAAAGUUCUACCUCAGUGAAUUCGGGAGCUUGUCCCAGAGCCUCAGGUGUACAUGGAUCUCUUGGCUUCUGAGCGCAAGCUGGACCAGACCAUUGCUCGAAAGAGGAUGGAGAUCCAGGAGGCCAUCGAAAAGCCUCUGACUCAAAAACGAAAGCUGCGGAUCGAUAUUUCUAGUACGUUCAGUCCCAGCAAAGCAGAAGGUGAUAGUGCAGGAACCGCAGGGACCCCCGGGGGAAACCCCGCAGGGGACCAGGUGGCUUCCUGGGAACUCCGAGUAGAGGGAAAACUGCUGGAUGAUCCUAGGAAACAGAAGAGGAAGUUUUCUUCAGUCUUUAAGAGCCUCGUCACUGAGCUGGACAAGGAACUGUACGGGCCUGACAACCACCUGGUGCAGUGGCACCGGAUGCCCACCACCCGGGAGACAGAUGGCUUCCAGGUGAAACGGCCUGGAGACCUCAACGUCAAGUGCACCCUCCCGCUCAUGCUGGAUCAUCAGCCUCCCCAGUACAAGCUGGGCCCCCGACCGGCAAGGCUGCUGGGGGUGCACACACAGACGAGGGCUGCCGUCACGCAGGCCCUGUGGCUCUACGUCAAACGCAACCAGCUGCAGGACGGCCACGAGCGGGAGUACGUCAACUGCAACCGGUACUUCCGCCAGAUCUUCAGUUGUGGCCGACUCCAUUUCUCUGAGAUUCCCAUGAAGCUAGCUGGGUUGCUGCAGCAUCCAGACCCCAUGGCCAUCAACCGUGUCAUUAGUGUGGGCCCUAACGGCCAGAAGAAGACAGCCUGUUAUGACAUUGAUGUGGAGGUGGAUGACCCACUCAAGGCCCAGAUGAGCAAUUUUCCGGCCUCUACCACCCAUCAGCACGUCGCCUCCCUUGAUGUCAAGAUCCAUGAGACCAUUGAGUCCAUCAACCGGCUGAAGACCCAGAGGGAUCUCAUGCUCAAUUUUAGCACUGACCCCCAGGACUUCAUCCAGGAAUGGCUCCGUUCCCAGCACCGGGACCUCAAGAUCACCCCUGAUGUGACUGGUAAUCCUGAGGAGGAGAGACGAGCUGCUUUCUAGCACCAGCCCUGGGCCCAGGAAGCAGUGGGGAGGCACAUCUUUGCCAGGGUGCAGCAGCGAAGGCAGGAACCGGAACAGGUGCCGGGAAUCCGCCCGACCCCAGGCUCAGGGAUCCCUUCCUUGCUUCCCAGGCCUGGAGCACCCCCCUCCUCAGCCUGGAAGGGGACCACCCUCUGGGGCACAGACAUGGAGGAUAAGGAGGGGGGAGGGGUGUCUCCUGCCACCCUCUGCUCCCCAGCUUUGGUUUCGUAA